AAUGCUGUUGCUACGAGGAAGAUAACACAGCCUUCCUGCCUUCUGCUGCUUCACCGGACGAUUUGAAACACGUUGAGCUCAAACUGAGGAUGACUGACUCGUCGCUUCUCAACUCCGAGCUGGAGUUACAGCAACAAGAGGAACUCUACCAGCAGCUGCUGUUCCAGACGAGGGGAAAGCUGCAGGCAGAAACUCCAGAUUCCACACUAAUCCGGCCUCAACCAGGUCUGUGUGUGAAGACGUUCUCGGAGCCGAACAAGCAGAAGGUUUUCAUAAACAUCUGCCAGUCGACUUCCGUCCCGCCCCCGCCACAACUCUCCCGAGAGGAGCUUGUGCAGCUGCUCCAGUCGGAGGAUCCCAGCGGCUACAGAGUUCCGAUGAGCCUGGGCGAGCCGCACGCAGAAACAGACAACAACUCUCAGGGUUGCACAGCCUACGACGUCGUCAUCAACCAGGACUUCUUCCAGAAGAGUCAGAGGGAUCCUCUGUUCCAGCAGUUUGUUAUCUUGGUGUCUGUGGAGGGCCUGGAGAAUAAAUACAGUCUGGAGCUGAACAGAGACUGGAAAGUGCUGAAGAACAGAAAAUUCCUGGGCUCUGUCAGUGAGCAGAACAUCCGGACGAAGAGCAGGCCGGUGAUCCAGGAACUGCAGCCUCAGGAAAACGCCCCAGCAUGUGUUAAAAGACCAGAAUGCUCGCUGGUGGUGGAGCCCCCUACUGGACACCCGGAGUACCUCAUUGCAGAGAUAAAGCUCCCUGGAGUGUCAUCUUCUCGCUCUCUGGUUCUGGACGUCGGAGAGGACCGGCUGGUGCUGACGGCGCGACCGUCGCUCUACCACCUCGACAUCUUCCACCCGUUCUUGGUUGACCAGCAGAACAGUGUGGCGCAGUACAACAAGAGCACACAGAUUCUCACUGUCACCAUGCCGGUGGGCUCAUCAGCGCCAUGAAGCUGCUGAAGGAUCUUAUUUAUUUUUUCCUACAAAAAAAAAAAUGCUGUGACAAUUAAAGUUUGUUUUUUUGUUAAAAGUGAAAUCUGUUUCUAAUUUUGUUAGGACCCGUACUGAUUCAUUCCGACUCAUUGAUUGUGUGGAUGGUGACGCCUUAAAAACGUUGGCGCAAUUAAUUGCAGUUUUGUUUGUUUUUGUGUUUCAACACAGACAAAAAUUCAGAGCGGAACCUUUAUGCUUGUGCGUUUCUGGUACGCCGCUAAUCUUAGCGGACAGGUGACAUCUACAGACGGAAAUGGUCGACAGAGCCGCUUCUCUUGGACAAACGUUUGCUUCAAAAAAUCAAUUUGAUUGGACGCUGGAAAAAACUGUUGCUGUGUUCAAGUAGUGCUAACAGGCAUUAGCCUAUCGGUGAAGCUAUUCAAACCUAAGAUAGCAACUGAAUGCUAAACAUAUAGCAGCAGCACAGACAUCCCCAAUGCUGACGUUAGCGUCCACAUUUCUAAAGAAGUCCCAUGAAGAAUCGGGGCUUUUCAUGAAACACCUGGAAAACUGAACAGGUGUUACAGGCUUAUGCACCAAGCUAACGGCUAAAUAACCCAAAUGACAGAUAAAGAAUAAUAAAUCUUUGCUGUUGAGCUCACAUGUCUAUUCAUGCAACAAUUUAGUAGCAAAAAGGUUGUUUUUUUAAAUUGAGAACGUUGCUCAUUUUGCUCAUCCAUACCUCUCUCUCUCUCUCCCUCCCUCCCUCUUUCACUCUCUCCAUCCAUCACCCCCCCUGCCCCUUUUUAUUCCUUUCAUCCCCCUCUCCACCUGCCCUGUGGCACCCCUCCAUUUGUCCAGUGAGGUCAUCCCUGUGUUCUCCCUAAUCCUCCGAGGUGCUCGUCUUUCUGCCUCUGCUUAAUCCGCCCAUGGCCCCCGGCCCUGACCACACACACACACACACACACAUCUGCUCAUAUGUGCACAGACCCAGUUAUUCU